AUGCCUCGAGAUGCAAGGAGCCUGGUCGAUAGUCUUGCCGUGAAGAUCGCGCUCUUGAAUCUAAUUGAUAGGAACCCCGGGGAGCCAAGAGGCACACUGGAUAGAGAUAAUAUUGAGAAGAACGGGCGGACCAACACCCUUCUCCCACUAGAUAGUGAGAUAUCGGUUACGCAACAGCUAGCUUUUAUCUCCGCAUAUUCAAACGAUGCCUUGCACGUCACGGCUAUCUGCGUCGAGGAAGUAUCCGAAGACACUGUUAUAAUCAGAUUCGCCGCGAAUACGGGUUCCCACGAUGAUCUCAAGAGAGGAUUAAGGGAUGUGGCGCGGAUCCUGGAGAGCGAGGCACGCGGCGUCAAUCGAUCAGGAAAUGGUCUGGCGCUCCUUGGGGCGGUGAUAUCACUGAACCGCAAACGUAUUCUCUGCCGGCUCAGAUCGCGACAUGCUUCUUCUCGGAAAGUCAGGGGCAAAUCGUCGUUGCUCAGCAGGCUUCAGGAAGCCCUUGCUCUACUACCCAAAUCUGAACUCUCACCAUCUACCAUUAACGAUCUUUCCAGGUACAUUACUGAGAUGCAGGGCCACUUCGAUCAAUUAGAGGGAAUGGGUCGUGGCGAUGCCCUCUCUCCAUACUCCAACAGUUGUCUUCUGGCGCUGGUCAACAAUAUGAAUGCCCUGGGACGAUUUAAGCCAAUCCUACAUCGUAUACCUGACAAACGUGGUAGAUGGGAGACCAGCAUGACGAAGGCGCUGAUGCAUGGAGUUCAAAAGUCGGGUCAUUAUGUCGAUGCUUGCAAUGAACUUCUCAGAGCGGCACGAAGAUACACCAUAUUUUCAAAUAUUGAGGUAGAAUUUGUCAACCUUCAAUCAUCAACGGCCGCUGUGUCCAAUCCCGAUGCGGCGCUGGAAGGGGUUUCAGAAGGGCUAAUACACAGAAUCUCAAAGCGCACCGGGCAAUGUGCCGGGAAUAUAAAGGAAUGUGUGAAACGCAAAUUAAUGGAGAAGUCAAGGCUUCAUGCUGAAGUCCAGCUGGUCAUAUUUUACGAGACACACAGCAGACCUCAUCGGCCCCGUGUGAUCUGCUCUAGUAAAAGCGCGUGCUACUUGUGCCACCUCCUUCUCGCAACGCAGGGAAAGUACCUUGUUCCAAGCACGCACGGCAGACUUUACACCGCUUGGAAGUGGCCAGAGCAAGACCUGCGGUACUUGCUCCCAGAGUUCACCAAUCAUAUUGAACUGAAGUUACAGGAGAGCGUUAACCGAAAAACCCCGUCACGGUCGGACCCACUUGAGAGCACUGUUCACCUUCUGCCAGCCAUAACGCCCUCUAAUCAGUCUGAUAUCACCGUCAUUUCUCAGGCAUCCGUUCAGACAAGAGCCAGACCAGCGCGGAGAAUUAACACUACUAGUCAAGACUUCACUUCAAGUGCCCCCACGGCAUCAGUACGCGUCGUCACCCCUUCUGAUGAUAAAUCGCCAAACGCAGGGCGAGGCACAGAAGCGGCCAAAGUACAGCCGCAUGAAAACAGAGGUGCCAUCAAGAAUAUCUGCCACGGUCCAGAAGACCAGCAAGACGACAUUUCACGGACGGUCCAUCUGAUGAGAGGCGCAGUUGCGACACACUCUUUCACCAACGACAACCGUACACUCCGUGUGUUAACUCCCAAACUGCAUAUCCACUGGGAGUGUGACAUAUCCACCUUCGAAGAUAAUGCCUCAACAGCACCCCAGCCGAAGACCGAGUUCCGACUACAACUGGAGUGGGUAAACACCGAGGCUAGCAAGCAGAGUGGCGAGCACACUUUGGAGCUGGUCGGUGAUUGGGAGGAUACUCCGAUUCCAGACAGCAUACUCUUCACAGCUAACGGCCUGCUUCUCAAGCGAGGAUCAACGCUGGUACGACUCCGUACCAUUCCGACGUAA